AUGGCGGGCGUUCCUACACAGAUACAUACUCACUUGCAGGACGCAAUCGACUCGUCUAACUCGCAACAUAUGAGGAUAUACCUCGCCAUCCAGGCGCUCGUUCAAAACCAGGUCGACCUGAUCUUGAAGGAGACGUACCAAACGCGCUUUACCAAUUGGAAGCACGAGGAUCAUCGCAGUACUUGCACUACAGUGAGGUCCAAGCUCAACUUAAAGAAGAACCUCCUCAAGGAGUAUCCUGGUCUCCUGUCCGGCCCACAGGCUGUAUCCCUUCGCGACGACGACUGGACGCCCAGCUACAUCAUCUCCGCCUGCAUCUUCUCCGUACAGCUUCAGGUAAAAGUCCACAACUCGAACCUGCGGGUAUGCAACAUUAUUUGGCGGAACGAGACGUCCGGGGCCACCGCACUGACCUUUUACAACAACCAUCUUGAUCCCAUGUCCUCGUUCCGGCAUGUCAUCACCAAGGGCCUAUCGACCUACAGGACUUCCAAGUGGACUCUGGGCAGGCGAGGGCUGGGCUUCAUCAGGGCAGCUCAUCAUCUCAUGGGAGUCCUCAAAGAAGGCCUGCCAAUUUCGGAGGCACGAAAGUCUCAUGGGAUGGACCUCCGGGUGGGUCACACAGUGGGCGAGUUCUAUUGGCAGGGAGGCCUGAACACGGGGUGCGCAGAGAGUCUUGUCCUCAAGGAGGAGGAUCUCACACCCUUGAGCCUCAAGAACGUGGAAGGCCGCCCAGAUUUCCAAUUCGCCUACGACACAAAGGUCGAUAGGACUCUCGGCGCAUCUAAGCAUACUAGAGUACAGGCCAUUUACUCGACCCGCCACCGGUACAAGCUCUCUGAAAAGCGCAAACAGGCUGACACCCGAGCGACGGAGCCGACUGAUGAACGCUCCUUCGUAGAGGCCGACGAAGUCGUGGUCACUGUCCGCGGUCUCAGUGGUGCUCUAACUCCUGAGUAUCUCUUCUCUGGGAUCUACAGUAUAUUUCCUCCUGAGAAGCAAUGGCCAAUAUGUCUGUCCCCUUCCGCACAACCCAUCAUCUCGUUCUUCACCCCUUCCGUCGUCAACGCAGGUCUUGGGGUCGCUAGUGUUCCUCAGUCUACGCAGGGACGAUUCUACUAUCGGGAUCAUCUAGUCGCCAAUGUCCCUAUUGGUUUCAGCAAGAUUGGCAUCAACUAUUUCGGUAUCCUCGACGCAUCUUCUAGCGGCCUUGAAGGACUAGUCCCUGGUAACUUCUCGACGGAAUUCCAGCAGCAUUUGUUCGAGGCGACUGAUACGGCAAUUCGCACCCACCCCGAUCUUUCAGUGGGGCUCGCAGAGGAGUUCCUCGUUGACGCGUCGUCACUGCCCAACGACUGCGGAAUGACACUCCGCACGGAAGGUAGAGACGCUUAUCGGACGGCAUUCGAGACAGCAUGGCAGCGCCUCAACCCACAGCUCGCCAACCACCCAGGCGGUGUCUACCCAUAUGUAGCAAGUCUCGACACCGCCGAGGAGGACAAGGCCCUCAUCGUAGAACUGAAGAUGUAUUCUAUUCCCGUCCACCCCCGCAUCCGACUGCUACUGAUGAAAUCUGGCGCGUACCCUCCGAUCCGCGUAUAUGCUGAGUCUCUACUGCUUUCCGCUUAUAGCGCCCCGCAUCUUCAACAAGGGACGGACGUCCUGAGGGCUGCACUCCGGAAGCUGUUUCCUGAGUCGGAUCUCGCAGCGGACCCGCUGUCUGUGCGCCAGUACACACACUCGUACCCUCGUGUGGUGUGGGACGAGGAAACGCGGAUCUUCGUCAUGGCUUCGUCGUUGGCCUCCCGAUGUCCUGCACACCUGGGCGACGCAUCUGACCAUGAAGGUGACGUGGACCGCGACGAGCGGCCUGACUGUCUAUGUUGGCUCCUCCUGGCCCUUUCAGCCGCGGUCGCGAGUUGGCAGUCCAAAAAGCAGGGGGCGGAUCCGAUGACGGUGUCUCCCUCGGACGAGCAGCUGGCCCAUAUCCUGCUGGACUGUUUCAAGACCGCCAUGCCUGUGCUUCGCACCGUGCGGUCGACUCCGCGGGAUGAUGAUGCAUGGGAGAAGACCGCGCGUGAUGAGGGCGGCGACGAUGACGACGACGCGCUAAGCUACCUGAACGAAUCCGAAGGCCAGGCUGCGCAGGUGGAACCUCCGACCCAGUCCGGCGACCCUGAGACUCCUACUGCCCCGCCGUCGCGGUCAACGUCGGCCGCUUAUCCAUCUCCAGUUUCCUUGGUGCUGCCCCGUACCUGGGCCCUGAGCGGUGCUCGGUCACUCAGCACAGCGCAAUCUCGCCCCGGGAGCGUGAUGGCGGGAGCAAACCGAUCUCAGUCUGCGAAGAAAGCUUCCGAAAGAAACCCCAAGGAUUCACCCGCAACUAUCUAUGCAGAGGCUCGCAAAACAUUCAAGAAGAUGACGAGCGUUGGGCGGCUUGGCGAUGCUGCGAUAAUGAACGUAAAAGCGGCCUACGAGAAGGAAUCGGCAGCGCUGCGAGAGGAGCUCGCUCAGGAGCGGGCACGAAGCGCUGCGCUCGGCGCCGACCUAGCGACGGUCAAAAAGGAGAGCAAGGCUGCGCUAGCGAGUAGGGAUGAGACGAUAAGUCAACGUGACGAGAGCGUACGAGCGCUCACGGCACGUCUCAAGGAGAAGACGGAGUUUGCAGAGACACAGACCUUGCUUGCUCAAGAUCAAACCAGACGCAUCCGGGAACUGGAAGACAUGAACACAGAAUGGACUUCGGAUAUGAAAGUCCUCAAGGCCAUAUCCGCGAAGUGGCUGCAAAGCCCUAGUCCUCGUUUGACUAAUGACGCGCAUAUAGCAGAGGAAGAGAACGGGCCAAGGAAAAAGCCCAGACUCACUUUGUGA